AUGGCGAGUUCUGCGCUCCAGCAGGCUGCCGCCAAGGGUCUUCGGAUAGGCAUGAUUCCCGGAGAUGGCAUCGGCAAGGUCGUCAUCCCCGCAGCACAGAGAGUGCUCGAGACCGUCAAAGGCAUCCCCAAGCCAAGCUUCGUCACCCUGCCGGCCGGCUUUGAGCACUUCCAGGCCACGGGCACGGCACUGCCGCCUGACACGAUCAGCACGCUCAAGAACGAGUGCAAUGCGGCCAUGUUUGGCGCAGUCAGCUCGCCGAGCCACAAGGUUGAGGGCUACAGCAGUCCCAUCGUCCGACUACGCAAGGAGCUCGAUCUCUACGCCAACAUCAGACCGGUCAUGUCCGUUCCAGGCGGACAAGGCCGGCAGAUAGACAUGACCAUCGUUCGCGAGAAUACCGAAUGCUUGUACAUCAAAUCAGAGACGAUAGAAGAUACGCCAGACGGCAAAGUCGCCAUUGCUCGCAGACAGAUAUCUGAACGCGCUAGUCGAAGGAUUGGGGAAAUGGCGUUCGAAGUAGCCCUUGCCUCUGCUGCCGUAAGGGCGAGAUUACCGGAGGACCAAAGAAUCUGGAAGGGACCGCCCAAGGUAACCAUCGUACACAAGAGCAACGUUCUCUCGGUUACAGACGGUCUCUUCCGCGAGACCGUUCGGUCCGUCAAGGAGACUGGCGAGGGUAUCGAGCGAUACAAGGACGUCCAGCUCGAGGAAGGCAUUGUUGAUAGCCUGGUCUACAAGCUCUUCCGUGAACCCGAGAAAUUGUCGACGCUUGUCUGCCCCAACCUGUACGGCGACAUUGUCUCAGACGGCGCUGCAGCGCUUGUUGGCUCUCUCGGACUCGUGCCGUCCGUGAAUGCAGGGGAUAGCUUCAUCAUGGGCGAGCCCGUGCACGGCUCGGCGCCCGACAUUGCAGAUCGCACACCCGCCAUUGCCAAUCCGAUUGCAGCCAUCCGGUCUGCUGCGCUCAUGCUCGAGUACAUGGGCUUCCCCGAGCCUGCCCUUGCGAUCUAUCGCGCUGUCAACGAUGUUCUCCUUCAGGGCGAGCAUCUGACGCCAGACCUUGGCGGCACGGCUUCGACUGACCAGGUCGUCGAAGCUGUUCUCAAGGGACUAUAG